GGGACUUUGGAGGUAGAGCAGAAGAAACAUCUGAGGUUUUCAGAGCUGAUGAGCAGCUGCCACCAACUGCAGCGCACUUUCUUCACCACCGCUCUGCUCCAAGAACUUCAAGCCACCAGAGCUGCUCAACCUCUCUCUCACACACACACACCAUAACACACUUCUCCUGCUCCUGUUGCACUUGUCCUCCACUUCUGCCUCAACAUGCAGCUCCUGGUGGUGUUAGCAGCGCUUAUGGGGGUUCUGUUCAGCGUAAGAGCAGCUGCCAUGCUUCCUCUGGAGGACAGGAGCCCCAUCCAUGCAAACAAGGAGUUGAGUAAAGAGCGUAAAGAGCUGAUCCUGAAGCUGGUGUCUGGUUUGUUAGAUGGAGCUCUAGACACCAACAUGCUGCCAGGCGAAUCAGCUCCUGAGGACUUCGAGGAGCCGUUGGAGUCCCGCCUGGAGGAGAGGGCCGUCUACAACAGGUUAUCACUGCCGCAACGUGACCGCAAAGCCCCCUGUAAAAACUUCUUCUGGAAAACCUUCACCUCGUGUUAAUGGAGCCUAAACUGGCCGGCUAUGCCCCUCCAUCCUUCCCCUCCUCUCCUUCUCCAGCUCCACAUGAACUGCGGUAGAUCUCAGCUGUACAUGUCAUCUACACCUGUGCAGCAUUGAUGGACUUCACUGAGACAAUGUGUUUGUCUGAAUAAUGACUAUUUCUGUACACAAUGUAUGUAUUUAUGUAUUGAAACUUAAUUUAGGGUUAAUAAAAAAUGCAUGGAUUAUAAUGUUGGGCACGGUACUGGCAGUUAAUUCAGCAAAAACAGGAGGUCAUAAUUUUCACCUGCUUCUAGAGUUCAAAUACAAAGUCAGAUUAAAUGCAAAAAAAACAAUGGCUGAAUGUUUUAUUUAUUUAAUGCACUUUUUUCAUUUCUUAUUUCAAAAUGUUUAGAAUGUAGUAAUAUUCGGAGAUUUUUCAGUGCAAAAAGUUAACACAAUGACUUUGUGGUAAUAAAUCUCACAAGGAGGACAUAUCAACCUGAUUCUCUAAACCUCUUUUAAUUUAUUACAUAUCUAAAUCAAUCAUGAAAACAGCAUUAAAUGAUAUUUUACAAACCCUGAAAUAAAAAGAGACUCAACUCAAUUUGACAGAGUGA